AUGUCUAGGGCUAACCUCAGAACUCAAAAGAGACUUGCUGCUAGCGUUAUCGGUGUCGGUAAGAGAAAGGUCUGGUUGGACCCUAAUGAAACCACCGAGAUUGCCAAUGCCAACUCCCGUCAAGCUAUUAGAAAGUUGUACAGAAACGGUACCAUUGUCAGAAAGCCAGACACUGUUCACUCCAGAUCUAGAGCUAGAGCUUUGUUGGAAUCCAAGAGAGCUGGUAGACACACUGGUUACGGUAAGAGAAAGGGUACCAAGGAUGCUCGUAUGCCAUCUCAAGUUGUAUGGAUGAGAAGAUUGAGAGUCUUGAGAUCUUUAUUGGCCAAGUACAGAGAUGCUGGUAAGAUUGACAAGCACUUGUACCACUCUUUGUACAAGUCUGCCAAGGGUAACACCUUCAAGCACAAGAGAGCUUUGGUUGAACACAUUAUUCAAGCUAAGGCUGAAGCCCAAAGAGAAAAGGCUUUGAAGGAUGAAGCUGAAGCUAGAAGAUCGAAGAACAGAGCUGCUAGAGAAAGAAGACAACAAAGAAUUGCUGAAAAGAGAGAAGCUUUUUUGGCUGAAGCUUAA